CUCGCAUUCCACUAACCCACCAUGGCACCUACCAAAAAGACGGCAACGUCUGGAAAGACGAAGUCGUCUUCCCAACCGACCUUGAAGAGGGUUAAGGGCGAGAACUUCUACCGCGAUGCAAAGGCCGCCGCCCGCCUGAAGAUGUUGAACGGCGGGAAGCCCGUGCGGGACAGGGACGGCAAGAUCAUCCAGGCGGCUGCGUUUCAGAAGGGAGAGGACGAGACGAAGCCUGGGAGAGUGCAACCUGACCGCAGGUGGUUCGGGAAUACCAGGGUUAUCUCGCAGACUGCACUGGACCACUUCCGCACAAGUCUCGCGAACAAGCAGCAUGAUCCGUACUCUGUACUGCUACGUCGAAACAAGCUGCCAAUGGCCUUGCUCGAUGAUGUCGCUAACCCGAACCUGCGCAAGCGCUCACAUAUCGUCGAGACGGAACCUUUCAAAGACACAUUCGGGCCUAAAGCACAGCGCAAGAAGGCGAGGAUUGACGUGGGCACCUUCGAAGAGUUAAGCAAGCUCGGUGCGGCUGCGGCAGAGAAGGCAGAGGCAGCUGGUGAUGCAGUCGAGGAAUCGGCAGAACCUGGCGCAUCGACAUCAGCAUCUGCUGACUUCCAAACACAUGCCGAUGUGAUUGAGCCAAUCUACGCCAAGGGUACUUCACGCCGCAUAUAUGGCGAGCUCUACAAGGUUAUUGACUCCUCGGACGUGAUUUUGCACAUACUUGAUGCUCGGGACCCGAUGGGGACACUGUGUGAGUCUGUUCUGGAGUACAUCAGGAAGGAGAAGGCGCACAAGCAGGUCGUGCUGGUCAUCAACAAAUGUGAUCUUGUGCCGAAUUGGGUGACUGCUCGAUACAUACAAUAUCUGACCCCACGAUACCCUACCCUUGCAUUCCAUGCUUCGCCCAACCAUUCCUUCGGCAAGGGAUCUCUCAUUCAGCUUCUGCGCCAAUUCUCGCAAUUGCACUCUGACAAGAAGCAGAUAUCCGUGGGCUUCGUUGGAUACCCGAAUGUGGGCAAGAGCAGCGUUAUCAACACGCUAAAAAGCGGAAAGGUCUGCACCGUCGCACCUGUUCCCGGCGAGACAAAGGUCUGGCAAUAUAUCACGCUGACCAAACGCAUAUACCUCAUCGACUGUCCCGGUAUCGUCCCGACCUCCGCCAAAGACUCGCAAACCUCCAUCGUACUAAAGGGCGUCGUCCGCGUCGAGGCACUCGCUACGCCGUCCGAGCACAUACCCGUUCUCAUGGAACGUGUCAAGCCGAUCUACCUCUCUCGAACGUACGGCGUGUCGCUCCCCGAUCCGUCGGACCCCUCGAAGGGUUGGGCACCCGAGGCAUUCAUGGACAAGUUGGCGCGGAUGAAGGGCCGACUGUUGAAGAAAGGAGAGCCGGACAUGGAGGCGGUGGCGAAGAUCCUGCUGAGCGAUUGGGUGCGCGGGCGGAUACCGUUCUUCGUCCCUCCGCCGGAGCGGCCGGAGGAGCUGAACGAGAAGGAGGAGAAGGCACGGAAGAGGGCUGAGAAAAUGGGCGCAGCGGACGCGAAGGGGAAGGGCAAGGCGAAGGAGGGGCACGGGGAGCAGCGACCUGUAGGCGUGAAGCAGAACUUGGGAUCGAUCAUGCAGAAGAAUACGUUUGUCGGGGAGGAUGUGCGGCCAUUGGAGGAGGAGGACCACGAUGAGGUUGGAGACGAGGAUGCGGAGCAGAGCGUGGAUGAUGCAGUUGAAGGAGAAGAGGAAGAGGAGAAGUUGAGCUGGAACGACGUGUUCAAGGGCGAUGCUCCCGAAGGCGAGAUUACGACUCUCUUCAGCAAACUGGGCGACGAUGAAGAGGAGGAUGCCUCUACAUCAGAACAAAGUGAAAAAGAGGCGGAGGAUGUUGCGGACGCCGAGUCCGAGUCGGAACAGCAACUCAAGAAGGAGACUCGCAUGAAAACGAACAAGCGCAAGUCAACGAACUUCUACUCAAUGGCAAACGUGAAGAACAAGAAUCGUGAAAAGGCUCUGCUCAUGAAGUCCUUACGUGCUGGAGGCAAGGAUGGUCGCAAAGGUCGUAAAAAGACCUGAUGUAUGCGUAUUUUUUCGACGUCGUCAGCUCUGGGGCAGCAAACGUAUCACUCAUGCUGCUGUUGACCGGGA